GAAUAACCUCAAACCCGUAUGCCACCAUGACAGACCGAUUAACGCAACUGCAGGAUGCUGUUGAUCAGCUGGCAAAUCAAUUCGUUGCAUCUCUUUUCUACGUCCACAAACACCACGAUUAUGCAACACUCGGGCCAAACGACACUGUACGACAGGAUGCAAAGAACGAUGGCGACGCAGCUGGAAAGGAACCAGACGUAACUCCAGAUCCAGCCGACGUCUUCAAAGCAGCGCAACGCGAGCUCGCGCAGGACUUGAUCCUCAAAGAGCAGCAAAUUGAGUUCCUCAUCUCAGUCCUUCCCGGUCUAGAAAACAGCGAAAAAGACCAGGAACGAAUGAUCAGGCAGUUAGAGCAGGAGAUCAAGGCACAGGACGAGAUACACAAGGUUGCGCUGAAGGAGAACGAGGAGAUUCUAGCAAGGUUGGAGAGUGUUAUUAGAAGCAUCAAGAGGCCUUAGGGAUUAGCUAUCAAUUACUGGGUAAUUUUAAGAGGCUUGGGUUUGGGAUGGAGUUUGGGAAUACCCUGGAUGAUGGGAAUGGCGU